AUGACUAUCUCCCUGAUUGCUUUCAUUUAUCCCAAGGAGGACAAGGUUGAGCGCCUCAAGGAAGUCGGCAAGGACACCGCCGAGUGGGUCAAGGCCAACGAGCCCGGCACUCUUCAGUACCACUGGUCCGCUUCGACCGAGGACGAUAAACCCGUUUUUAUUGUUCAGGAGUCCUACGCCGACAUGGCCGCCGUCGAGGCUCAUAAGAACAGCCCCAAAUUCGCUGAGUUGGUCGAGCUCGGCCAGAAGGAGGAUCUCUUUGCUAAGCCCAUCAAGGUCAUGAUGCUUGACGCGUUUGGUGGCUUUGCUAGCCGUCUUUAG